CAGAGUAAACGCUUCAGCUUAUCCCCAUCUCUAAAAAAACCCUAAUCACUCUCUCUAUCAUUUCUCCACCGCCGCUGUUCAACGGUGGUCAUUUUCUCAUCCGAUCAAAACCGAUCUUCUCCUACACAAACACCAACACCAUGGCUCCUACCUCUUCUGCUACUGCUACCGCGAUUGCGACUGCAACAUCUUCCUCAGACGCCAGCGAAGGACCAGUGAUGGGACUCAUCAACAAACGCAUCCGCGCCCUCCGCAAGAAACUCAACCGAAUCGCUCAGAUGGAAGACUCGAUCUCCCAGGGGAAAACCCUAAACAAGGAGCAACAAGAAGUCCUCCGCUCCAAACCCUCCGUCCUCGUCCUCAUCGAAGAGCUCGACAAGCUCCGCGCUCCUCUCUCCUCCGCCGUCUCCGAAGAAAUCACCCUCGCCACCACUCACCACCACCACCAAGAAGCUCCUCCUCCCUCCGAUCAAAACGACGCCGCUCCCGAGGUGGAAGAAGAAGAAGGGAAGAAGUUGGAGGAUUUGGUGAAUCUGUUGUACUUUGGCUCCCUCUUCGACGUGAGGUCGCAGAGCGAGUUGGCUUCGAUCAUGCUGACGAGGACGCACGAGAGAGGUUGCUGUUUGGUUUACGAUACGGUUACGGAUGAGUCGACUGAUCUGCUUUGUGAUAAGGAUCUGGAUUUGAUUUCGGAGCUGUGGACUAUGAUGGUGUCUAGGCCUGCGGAUUCGUUCUUGUCUCAUAAGAACGCCUUGGAGCGUUGCGUCGAGCAUGCUAAGCUUUGGUUGGCUAAUUCCGACCAGCCGAUUGCUUCCAACUGCAAUGUUUCAUAUGCUGGAUUGAGAGAGAAGUUGAAGAAGAUUAUGGGUUCUAAUUACUUCACUAUCACUCCUGAGAUGGUAGCUCCCGUUGAAGCAUCUGGUGGUAACUACGGUUCUUUCCAAGUCGCUGCUGACAAUGAGCAAAAGGAAGAAGACGCAUCAAACUUUACAGAGCAAGAAUCUGCUGUAAACGAUCAAUCUGAGCAACCAAAGGAUGAGUCAGUGACUGAAGGAGAGGUGGUCCAAGAACAGCAGGAGCAAGGCUAUACUCAGGUGGAAGGAGGGAGGUCGAGGAGAGAUUAUCAGCAACAGUAUGUGCCUCGUGGGACCCACCAGAACCAGAGAGGUCAUAGAGGUGCUCGAAGAGGUCAUUCCAAUGGCCCCCGAGGAGGUCGAGGUGGCGGUGGUGGCGGUGGAGGCUAUUCGAAUGGGCGGUAUGAAUCUUAUGAUAACGCCGGUGGAAACGGUCACCAAAGGAGCUACUACAACAACAGAGGAAGGGGACGUGGUGGUGGUGGUGGAGGUGGAGGAAAUGGUCAUUCAUACAACAACCACCAAGACUCAAAUGUAACAGUUGCGUCUUAGCCUUUUUAGCUUUUGGGUUGCGUCUCUUUGUUUUCCGCUAUAACUCAUAUAAAGCCUUAUCUCGUGGUUUGGAACCUUUGUCAAUUGCUCUUUUGUUAUGUAUGAACUUUUGUUUUCUUUU